UGUUAUUUAACUUUUAGAUAAAUAUUAAAUUAAGACAAAAGUUACUGUAAUAACCUUUCAAAAUGGCGAGUUUUGUAUGGAAACUUUUUAAAAUUAGUGAUAGCUGUGAUUCCAUUGCUAUUUGCAUUCCAUGUGGAAAGCAGAUAAGCAGGGGGUGUAGUAAAUCUGGUCAGCAGUCAUUUUCUACAACUCCGCUGCAUAAUUAUGCAAAAAAAUUUCAUUGCAAAUUGUACGAAGAGGAAAAAAAUUAUAAAAUGGAAUGUUAUUCAGCUGCUCAAGGAAGUUCAAAAUGUAGUUCAUUGAUUUUAAAGAAGAAGUGCGAAAUGCAAAAACAGAUGUCUGUUGAAGAUAGUUUUACAUCAAAGAAGAUAUGGGAUAUUAAUGAUGAAAAGUCUAAGCAAAUUCAUUGAAAAAUUGCUAUUAUGAUUGCUUUAGAUAAUGAUGGAUUUAUUGGUUUAAUGGCUUUUUUACAACCAAGAUACCUAAUCCCAAGUAGGCAUUAUUUUUCGGAGACAGCAAUUCCUCUAUUGUAUGAUCAAAUUAAAAAAAAGGUUUUUAAUGAAAUUGCUAAGUCACAGUUCAUAAGUUUUACUUCAGAUAUUUGGACUUGUCCGACAUCUCAUGAAACAUUAAUUUCCUUAUCAAGACAUUGGAUUAAAAAAAAUUUUGAGCACAAACAUGCUGUACUCUAUGCUUCACAUUUUCCAAAAGCUCACACAGGGAUAAACAUAGCUGGAAAAUUUAUAAAUAUGUUAGAAAGCUGGGAAAUUAAUGCACCAAGAAGACAUAUUUUAGUCAAAGAUGGUGCUGCUAAUAUGUCACUAGGCAGUAAACUUAUUCAAAUAUCAUCAGUCCAUUUCACAAUCCACUUAUUGCAACUCGUGAUAAAGGAUGCAGUUUUAUCCCAAAUAUUAGUGAUAGAUUUAUUAGCUAAAGCACGUCGAAUAGUAGGCCACUUUAAUCAUUCAUCAAAGGCAUGUACAGAAUUUAAGUUACUGCAACAACAACAAAAUGAAAACACACCUCUACUUUUGGUUCAAGAUGUGCCUACUCGCUGGAAUAGGGCGUACUUAAUGUUAGAGCGACUUCAAAAACUUAAAAGAGCAGUUCAAAUGUAUUUAGCUGAUCAUAAUGAAUUGCCAACAUUUGCAUCAAAUGAUUGGAAAUUCAUUGAAAAUUUAUUAUAUGUUUUAAAGCCUUUUUAUGAACUUACUAAUUCUAUGAGUUCUGAACUUUGUAGUUUAUCAACAUUAGUUCCGAAUAUAUGUACUUUACAAAGAUUUUUAUCAAAAAUUGAUCAAAAAGAUGAUACAGUUCAAAUAACAAAACAACUUAUAGAAUCUUUAAAUAAGAGAUUCUUUUCUCAUGAUAAUCUCAAUAUAACAGAUGAUGAAAGAUAUGUUUUACCCACCAUUAUUGAUCCUCGCUACAAGCUCAAAUUUCUUCCUGUUGAUAAGAGAGCACAAGCAAAAUCAAUGGUAUUAGAUGCUGUAGUAAAAAAUCAAAGAAAUAUAACUGGACUUUCACCAGUUGUUAUUAAUAGAGCUACCAGCUCCACCGCCACCAUCUCCAAUCAUUUAACGCCAAAUUCCAAAAAAAAAAAAGUUGAUUUGAAAGAGAAUGACUUUAACUCCUGCUUCUUAGAACUUGCAGAGUAUGAAGGAAAUUUAGAACAAAAUAGUGAAACAAAUCCUGAUCAAGUCUCGCUUGUAAAAGCUGCUCAAGAAGUUGAUUUUUUCUUUAAUCACUCGAUUAUAGAAAAAAAAGAAGACAUUUUUAAUUACUGGAAACAUGAAGAGAAGUUUCCACUUCUAAAAGAGUUAGAUCUUAAAUUAUUAGCACCUCCAGCAUCCUCUGUAUUUUCGGAGAUCGAGGUUGUUACCUCAACGUGGAGAAAUGUUACUAUUUAUUCAUCAUAAUGGAAAUGAAUUUGUAAAUGAGUGAUUAACUGAUGUGUUUGUUGCGUUUAAGUUUAAUAGUAUUUGAUUAAUAAAUUAUUAUUAAUAAUAAUAACAAUUUUGAAUAGAAACCAUUAACAUUAGAAUAUUUAAAAAUAUAACAUUUCUUGGUUUAUUAAAUCUUUAAAUUUUAACAAGAAAUAUCCGGUUUAUCGAAAACCGGAUAAUGUUAUUAUCCGGCCAGAUAAAGGAUAUCGAAUAAUAUUGAUAUCCGACCCGGAUAUCCGGCCGGAUAGCUU